AUGCCAGAACUCAGCCGACUCACAGCAUGUAUUGAUCUGAUAUUGAUGACUAACAGCUCACAUUACUGGAUGGCCUUCUUCUAUAUUACUAAUAACACUCUCCUGGGCAGAGAAGAUAUAGACCUUGGACUUGCAGGAGACCAUCAGCAGCUGAUACUGUACAACCUUGGCAAGACCUUUUAUGUCAGUUAUCGCCUGAUUCCGUUUCAUUGGCAUACCCUCUGCUUGGUAUGGGAUGGUGUGAAGGGCAGAUUAGAGCUCUUCCGGAACAAGGAAAGGAUACUUGCAAUAAUGGAUCAGCCACACAGUUUGUCUCCAAAUGGGACAUUGGUCUUGGGGCACUUUCGGAGGAAUGGAGAGGGCCAGAUUAAAACUGUGGUACCUCGCUUUACAAGCAGCCUCUAUUACUUUCAGCUUUGGGACCGCAUCCUGGAAAAUGAGGAGUUUAUGACAUGUUUAUAUGGAAAUGUAGUUAGUUGGGAAGAUGAUGUUUGGCUCAUCCACAAGAUAAGUCCAACUGUUGAUAGGAGACCGCGCUGCUUUGUUUCUGAAAAUAUGACAAUUCAAGAAACAAGUGCAACUGUUUCACAGCAAAUAGAACUACCAACUCCUUCCCAAAGUACUGGGCUCAACCCACACAAGACUGCCUAUUCAUCCACAGUGUUGCCAGAAGACAUGUCUGUUUCUACAAUCAGUCAUGCAGUCACAUCAUAUUCUAAUACAGUACCCUCACCUCUAGCAACAGUAAGUGCAUCCAAAGAUUUAAAGACAGCUACAUUUUCAGCAGAUACCUUGUUUACUUCAACAGCCAUCCCUCUGCCUACCCAGAGGACACCUAUUCAUACAACUAGUGACUCUACGAAUGUAACAGAACACUCAGAUCUAGGAAAAACAAGGACAACAAAAAUGGUGGAGGCCAUGGCUACUGAGAUCUUCCAUUCAACUACAGCUACUGAUUUCAUUGACACAUCUGUAUUUACAGAGAAUUAUACUGUAUCUGAAACUUUAACUAAAUCCAAGCCAGCUGCUGGGAAGACAACUUUAUUCUUGAUGAAUGAAUCAACAUCCAUAGCUACAACACUUUGUCCCAAGCACAAAUCCACAGAAGUUGCUAUACUUCCUACCUCUAAAUCUCAGCAAGAAUUUCUUGUAUCUUCAGCUGCCAGAACUGUGUCUUGGUCCACAUUAGAAGAGACUUCACCUAUUGCUACUGUUGUUGGGAUUGUAUCAGCCUUACCACCAGAGUCUUUGCUCACUUCCACAGCUGCUCCUGUAAAUUCUACAUCUCCUGAAAUUCAGGUUGCAUCAACCUUGUCAACAACUGAUGUAGAAACACCAUUCACAGUCCAUUCAGUGCUGCCUAUGGAGAGCAUAUCUGCCCUAAGAACAGUGAAACCAGAGUCAGUGUCUGAAAAUCUCCAAGAUGUCUCUUCACCCAGUAUGAAGGAUGCUAUAUCUGCCUCCGUGCCUAAAGAGACCUCUUUCCUGGCCUUUUCUUUCAUUACCUCCUCUCCAAUCACUGGUACUCAAGGUAAACAGAUAGUUGUUGAUGCUGAGAGUACAUAUCCAACCUUAACCCCCAGAACCAAACUUGUCCCUACAUUGGCUGAUGCUUCACUCUUCCCUACCAUGGAAGGGAGAGUGUACAGCCCGAACAUACCCACAACUGAUGAGCCCAUGCAUACUUUGAUUUCUACUAAAUCACCGUCUACAUAUAAUGCAUUGGAAUCAGGUCUCACAUCUCUAACAAUUAGAACUGACUAUCAGUUCUUCACCAACGACACCACUUGGACUUCUAAGUCAGGUCAGACCUUGUUGACUUCUAUGAAGACAACCACCAUACCCACAUUCAAGCCUAAUGAAACUCUCACAUUACCAUUCCAAGGUAAUACUACUGAUAUAGAUCAUUCAUCCAUGACUACUAACAUCACGGCAAUUGAAGCAUCCAUAGAGAGCAAGGCUACUACCAGCUCUGGUGUUAUUAUAGCCAGUUAUACAACAGCUCUAUUCAAACCAACAUCCCAGUGGCUUAGUAAUUUCACAAGUGUUUCUGGAAUCACAUCUAUAGCCAGUCAGCCUGAGUCUAAACUCACUACCUUACUAUUGAAAAGCAACUCUAUGACCACAGUAGCUGCAAAUGAACUUCCCUCAAUACCAAGGGAGACAGUUGUUCUACCAGUGGAUACGUCUACCCUCACUGACAUUAAACCAAUUUUUUCUACUGAAAAGAGCAUUUCUGAGACAAUACAAAUAGAAACAAAUGGUGUGAGCACAUUUGGUGAUACUAUGGCUCUUCUGCCUGUGUCUGAAGCAACACGGAGAGUCUAUACCACUGUGACCAAAGAAACCACUUCCUGUCAUCCUAAGGUAAAGUCAACUAUAGCAGCAGUAGCUGAGGCUUCUCCAUUUUCAGCAAUGCUGGAAGCGACAGAUGAAUCAGCACAAAUGGUGACAACUUCUGUCACUGUUUCCCCCUUUCCAGAUAUAGAAAAAUUGACUACUGCAUUGAGUAAUGAAACUGCAACUACCGAGGUGGGAGUGAGUUGGCUUUCAACAAAAUUGAAGGAAAGCACACCUGAGAGUUCGCACAAUGCAACUGCAGAAAGCUUUAACUCGACCCACACUUACAUGGUAGAUUGGACUUCAGAGGCAUCCAAGGGGAAUUCAGCUUCAUCACCCAAUUCUGUGAGCACCCAGGCACUAACUGAACUUCUGAGUUCUUCAACAACAAAGACAUUGGGAGUCACUUUCUCCAAUAAUCCUUCCCAGAGGACAGCUGCAUCUUUGUCUGCUGGUGUCUUGUCUCCACAGACUGCUGCUACUCAUUCUUCAGUAACCUCCCAGCCGAUUACACACACGUUUUCACUGCUGGUUAAUAUCUCUGCUGUCACCUCUCCUGUCACCACUAUGCUGCUUUUUGAUGAGUCUAAGGUGACCCUGUCUCAGCCUUCUACAUUGGCCAGGGAUUUUACUACAUCUGUGCACUCGGAUGGUUUAGCUCUACCAACAGUGACAUUGACCACAGAGUUGGUGCCACUGGCUAGUCCAACAACUUCCACAAUCAGUUAUACUAUGUCUACCCACAGAGACUUACUUCAUACUACUUCAGAGGUCACAGAGAUCUCUUCCACAACUGCACUCAUGGUAGAUUCCUCUCUGAGUGAGACUUUGGUAUCCUCACUGAGACCUCCCACUUCUGUGAUAACUAAGGCUAUAAGUACUAUUCCCUCCAUCUCAACUGACUUAGUAAGUCCAUCCAUACACACUCUUGUCAGCUCAAGGCCUUCCCCUAAUAACAUUACUAUUGUAUCCUCUACUUAUGUUAACUCAACUACAUCUACAUCAGUAGUAGCAACACCAUCUGCCUCUCAAGUUGAGGGUUCAACUUAUAGUUUUAGCUUUCCUUAUGCUUUUAGUAGUGGUGGUGAUGUCAGUAUGGCUUCUGGACCUACAGAAACCUCUGCUGCUGGUGAGGUCAUGCCUCCCAACACCUUUGCCAGUAAAUUUAUUACCUCGGUAGACCAUGAAUCUACCACAUAUUUUGUAAACACACCAGUCUCCACACAGUCAGUGUUACCCACCUCUAUGGUAUCUUCUGACAAAGAACAGACCAACAUCUCCAGGGAGAAAACCCCCGGAACUAUGGGGGUGGCAGAGAUUUCCCCAUCCAAGAAUUCCUUUAUUUUGGACUCCCAGAGCACUUUCCCUUGGGAAAUUACAGACACAGAACUUUCUGAGACCACAGAAAUAUCUAGUCACCAAACACAUUUGCCUUCAGAUAUUCUACUGAGUUACUCAUCUUCUGGGAAUUCAGCUGCCCCAACCUUGACCUCAAGCACCAUAGUAGGUGUUCAUGUUUCAGAAGGGUCUACUAAUCUUGAGAAAACAGCAUUCCCUUCACAAGUUCAGACAGCAACCAAAUGUUUGUCUCAUGAUAAAGAAAGGACAAGUGCUCUUUCAGAAUAUCCUUCCAGGACUAUGGAAAAGAUUGUGAGUUCUCCUGUGACUCGUCAAGCCACAGGUCACCUAGCUACUUCGUUUGUAGACACUUCUAAGACAACUAGAAUAUCGCAUUCCAUGCUCACCAACACAACUCUUUCACACCUACUUUCACUUAAUACGCAACCUGAAGCAACACGAAUUGCUUCUUCCACUUGUGCAAGCACAGAGAAUUUCCCUAAGUCCUUUUCUCAUUUCACAACUGGACUACUAGGCACCAAUUUUACAAUGAUUACUCGUGACAGGAGCACUACAGUCUUUUCUGUUCCAAAUGAACCAACAAACUUUUCUAAGGAGACUUCUAUGGAGGCGUCCACUCCCAUUUACCAAAUGGCUUCAUUGCCCCUCAGUGUCACUGCUUUCACCUCUAAAGUAGUUCCUGACACUUCAACAAUGCUCAUGACUAAGUCUUCUAGAACAAUACAUUCAGGCACUUUGAAAAGUGUCUCUAUAGGUACCUUUGGGCUUAAGUUUGAGAAGUCCUCAAUGCCAGUUAAUAACCCUAAUUUCUCAACUACAGCGCUUUAUUCUGACACUUCCACAAGACUUGGGGCAUUCUUUACUUCAUUGUCUUCACCUCCCCAUAAGACUACUAACACUACCCAAGCAUCAACAUUGGAUAUCACACCAGUGGCACAUGCUGGGUCUACUUCACAAAGCACAGUGGUUUCCUCUACUUUUACAAAUUCCUCAGUGGUAGAGGUACCAUUCAAUUACACAACUGCAUAUGUUUCCUCUCCAAUACAGAGAGAUUUUUUAUCUAUGAAAACAAUUCCAACCAUUAGUGUGACUGGGACAAUGACUUCAGUUAAAAGUGCCACUCCCUCUUCUCUGCCCAGUUCUAAGAAUACUGAAGCUAUUUCUUCCAUCCCAAAGACCAGGUUUUCACCUUUACUUUCAACAGCGCAGCAACUAUCACAAGAAAAUGAGGCUUCCACUCUGGACCUGUUACCUGGGAUCACCAAGAGUUUCCUAGUUACUUCGAGCGGUGGUGGAGUGACAGAACUAGUUAAUACCCAUUCCAGAGCAACUGUCCCUACAAGUGGGCUUUCAUCUACUCCUUCAGAUAGUGUUUAUACUUCCUUGAAUAUUCAGGUUUCCCCAUCUUUAACUAACUUUAAAGGGACUCAUAGACCUACAGAAAGUGUAAAACCCACACCGACACACCUUUUCCUUGAUACUGGAAAGACAAACGUUUUAAGCAGUGAACUAACAAAGAGCAGUUCAUGUGUGACUGCUCCUGUUUUCCAUCCUUCAGGGACUGAGACCAGUACAACUCUACCCUCUUCGACAUCACAUCUUUACUCACCUCAUAGUGCCAAGGCCACGUUUCCGCUUGCAUCUCAAAUGACUGAAUUUCCAGCAUGGGCAACAAGAAUCACACCCAGUAUAGCUCAGGCUCUGCUUACAACGUCCAGAAACACACCCGGAGUUGAAGACUCUCAUUUUCCAGUUUUCACAACAAAUGUAAUGACACCCAACAGAACGGAAGCAGAGACUCUGCACUUUCCUUCUGGGACUUUGUCAACAUCCACAACAUCUCAGAUCGGUUGGGGCUCUAGGGACGUUACAGCGAUGCCAUCGAUUUUCACAUCAGAAAACCUUCCAAGUUUGGGGGUUUCUGAGAGUCCUUCCUUGUCAAUAUCUUCCACGUUUCCCCCUACCACUUUGACUGCCGCUCUGCACACACUUGAGGAAACAGCCAUGCCUGUGACCCCUGGAACUACACUCUCAGCAAAGCCUUCUGUAAUUUCCAAGGCUACCUCCCCCACUUGGAGUUUAGCUAGUCUCCCUUCAGACUUUCAGACAUCUGUAUCUACUCCUCAGCUUUUAGCUUCAUCUUCAGGAGAAAUGUCAGAAUCCACUCUUCCAGCUUCUGACACGAUAACAACGUCCCCUAACUUUACAAUGGGACCCCUUUCUGACGGAAGUGCCAUACCCACCCAAGCCACUUCUGCAGCUACACUAGGCAUCGCCACUCCUGACUCUUUGACUUCUCUACCCCUAUCUGCAAAAGCCAGAGAUGACAGUCUGCGCACUUCUACAUCCCUUGAACCAUCCUCCAGAACUUCUGUGGCUGUCAACUCCACAGCUAUGUCUGAACCCGUGUCCUUUAGUGUGUCACCUAUAACAAGACAUGACCUAUCUAUGGGUUCUCUGACUGUAUCUAGCCCUACAAACACAUCUGUGUGGAGUGAAGUCCCAGCUACAUCAGAAUCUCACACUUUAAUUCCUUCUAAAUCCGCGCUGGACCCUGUUAUGAGUAUAACCACUAAGACAUCCACAGCUGUAGGAGCCUCAUUUCCCCUGAUGUCUAGUAAGAUGACACACCCUUCUACAGCAACUGGAUUUUCACUAGUCUCUUCAUCUUUUGAGACAACUUGGAUGGACUCCAUAUUUUCUUUUGUAUUUACACAAACAUCAACUUCACCAGUUGCCACAGUGUCUACAGUUUCCUUCUACAAUAUCAAAAUGAGCUUCUCUGUCUUUGAUGAAGAGCCAAGGGUCCUUAUUACAACUGUUAUACAUGAAUUUACAAAAGAUUGGUUGAACUCUAUGUUUCAAAACAGUGAAUUUUCUCUUGCUAACCUGGCUAUUCAAAUUAAAAGCAGAAAGACUUCCAAAGAAGAGAUGGCCAUGUACAGAUAUAUCUUGGAACAGAAAAAAGGGCAAGGAAUGGAUACAAUUUUUCAUGUACCAUACAGUUGUGCCUGUUGGGUCAUUAUAAAAGCCAACUCUUCUUUAGAAUCUGUGGAACUGAUCAGCAGGAUCCGAACUAAAAUACAUGGGAACUUCACACAUGGGAACUUCACACAAGAUCUACUGACUCUAUUGGUAAAGUCUGACCAAAUUGCAGUGGAAAAGAUAGAGCCAGGAAAAUGUGAAGCAGAUGAAACACCCUCAAAAUACAAAGGGACAUAUAAGUGGCCAUUAACUGACCCUACUGAGACAGCCCAAGAAAGGUGCAUUAAAAAUGAGAAUAGGAACGCCACAAGAAUUUGUUCCAUCAGCAUCCAGACUGGAAAGAGUCAAUGGGAAAAACCAAGGCUUAAGCAAUGCAAGUUGCUUCAAGGACUCCCUGAUAAGAUUGUGGAUCUUGCUAAUAUCACUAUAAGCGAUGAGAAUGUGGACGAUGUUGCAGAGCACAUUGUAAAUCUGCUCAAUGAGUCCCCACCUUUGGAUGAAGAAGAGACAAAGAUUCUUGUGUCUAAAGUAGCUGAUAUUUCUAACUGUGAUGAGAUAAGUAUCAACCUAACCCAGAUCAUACUCCAAAUCAUCAGCACUGUGACGGAAAAGCAGAGUGAUUCAGCUUCCAACCUGGCUCCAGUAAGCAAUGAGAUUCUGAGGAUAAUCGAACGGGCUGGUCACAAGAUGGAAUUUGCAGGGAGAACAGCAAAUCUCACUGUAGCCAAGCUGGCUUUGGCUGUGCUGCGGGUAGACCACAAGUUUGAGGGUAUGGCCUUCAGCAUCAACUCCUCUGAAGAAGUCACAUCCCCCCAGAUUUUUCUCGGUGACAUCCCUCUAAGGAAGGCUUUGGCUUCCAUAUAUUUGCCUAAGUCAGUGAGCGAAAAGGUUCCUCUUGAUGGCUUGCAAACCAUCUUGUUUAAUUUUUUUGGCCAAACCUCACUCUUUAAGGCUAAAAACAUCACUCCUGAAUUAAUGACAUAUGUUGUGAGUGCGAGCAUCUCAAAUGCAUCCAUUGAAAACUUGGCUGAUCCAGUGAUUAUCGUUCUGAAGCACAUUCGAGGAGACUGGAAUUAUGAUCAAGCUUACUGUGCUUUUUGGGAUUUUGACACUAAUAAUGGGCUAGGUGGAUGGAAUCCGUCAGGCUGUGAAUUAAAGGAAAGCAAUGUAAAUUACACAAUCUGUCAGUGUAACCACCUCACUCACUUCGGAGUCCUGAUGGAUUUGUCCAGGUCUACAGUGGAUGCAGUGAAUGAGCGGAUAUUAGUGAUUAUAACGUAUACAGGAUGUGGGAUCUCCUCCAUUUUCCUGGGGAUUGCCAUGGCGACAUACAUAGCUUUCCACAAACUUCGAAAAGAUUAUCCUUCCAAAAUCCUGAUCAACCUAUGCACAGCAUUACUGAUGCUCAACCUAGCAUUUCUGGUUAAUUCCUGGCUGACAUCGUUUCAGAAAGAAGGACUCUGUAUCACAGCGGCAGUGGCACUUCAUUACUUUCUGCUCGUGUCUUUGACUUGGAUGGGCCUGGAGGCAGUCCACAUGUACUUUGCUUUAGUCAAAGUCUUCAACACAUACAUUCCAAAUUAUAUCCUUAAGUUUUGUCUAGCUGGUUGGGGAAUCCCAGCAAUCACAGUGGCCAUUAUACUCAGUGUAAGAAAAGACCUAUAUGGAAUUCUGAGCCCAACGACUCCAUUUUGUUGGAUUAAAGAUGAUCACAUCUUUUACAUCUCGGUAGUGGCUUAUUUUUGCCUCAUAUUUCUCAUGAAUCUCUCCAUGUUCUGCAUUGUUCUUGUUCAAUUGACUGCGGUGAAGUCCCAAAGCCAGAAGACUCGGAAGAAAAUGAUCCUGAAUGACCUUAAAGGCACCAUCAGCUUGACAUUUCUACUUGGCCUCACCUGGGGCUUUGCCUUUUUUGCCUGGGGACCUGUGAGGAUCUUUUUCAUGUAUCUUUUUGCCAUUUGUAAUUCGUUGCAAGGGUUCCUCAUUUUUGUGUUUUCCUGUGUGAUGAAGGACACUGUGCGGGAGCAGUGGCACAUGCACCUCCAUUGCAGGUGGUUUCGGCUGGACAACUUUUCAGGUAAGAUUUUUGGAAUAAAUGUUAGGCAUAAACAGAAGAGACUGAAGAAAAUCAGUGAGCCCAAAUUAUUGACACCAUCACUCAAGUCAGCAACAACCAAUUGUACUUUCAAAUCUAUAGGAUCUGUACCCAGCACUCCUUCAGAAAUAAACUUCCCAGAUGGUGACUUUGAUGACGGUCCCUAUACUUUCUCUUCCUUGAGUUGUGAAACUGCACCUACUUUUAUAAGAAGAGCAUUGCCUACAGAAAUCAAAACAAAUUCCAUUCAGAAACAAAGAUCAUUUCCCAUAAAUGUCAACAGAGAUGCUCACCUGACUCCCAGCCCUGGACUGGGGGAAAUGUUCAAUUUGUGA